GUUUUGUGUAAUUUUUUUAACAGGCAUUAUUAUUAUUAUUAUUAUUAUUUUUUUUUUUAAUGUGUGAUACUUAAAUCCGGUUGGUCCACCUUGUUGUUAAAUAAACUAGCAAACAGGCUGUGGCCUGGAGUUCCAUCACAGUCCACCAUCUCUGAGGAAGCACCAGGUCCUACAAUGCAGUCGGAAGAAUUACGGAGAAAGGAGGGAGGAGGAGACUAAAGAAAGAAGUGAAGGAGGGAACAUCCCUCUCUGUAAGCAUGGCCUCAGAGCUUCACGAGGCCAUCGUCAUGGCCAAACAGGAACGGCACAAGAACCUAUUCCUCAACUACAGGAACCUAAACAUCUUUCCUGUGGAGCUCUUAAAAGAUGAAGGACUGCAGUUCCUAGAAAGGCUCUAUAUGAAAAGAAACUCGCUCACGACACUGCCUGAUAAUCUUGCACAGAAACUCCCCAACCUGAUUGAGCUAUAUCUCCACUCAAACAACAUCGCUUUUAUUCCACAAGCUAUUGGGAACCUGGCGAGGCUGCAGUCGCUGGAUCUGAGUGAUAACGCCCUGCAGCUGAUCUGCCCCGAGAUUGGCCGGCUGCGGUCAUUACGCCACUUACGACUGUCGAGCAACCAGUUGAAAUGUCUUCCACAAGAGCUGGGGGAUUUGAAGGAGCUCGAGACUCUGGACGUGUCCAUGAAUCUGUUAAGGACGCUCCCGGAGCAGCUGCACCAGUGUGUAUCUCUGCAGUGUCUGACCGUUGACCGGAACCUCCUGCAGUGCCUCCCGCGUCAGCUGUGUCAGCUACCGGACCUCAACGAGCUUUCCAUUGCUGCGAACUGCCUUAGAUCACUGCCUGUGGAUCUGGGUCGCUCCAUGGAGCUGCAGUUCGUCUUCGUGGACAAAAACGUUCACCUGAAGGGCCUGCCGUCUUACCUGUAUAACAAGGUCAUCGGCUGUAACGGUUGUGGUGUUUCUCCACAUGUCUCUGACAUGACACAGCUGUCCCUGACCACCGGAGACCUGAACGUACCUCUGCCAUCUGAAGUGAAGGCAGUUGGCACUGUGGUUGACCGGGUGCUGCCAUUAGAAGAGAUGGCGAUGAGAACACUGCAUGUAGCGUACAGCAAGGACCGGAAGGACUGUUCAAUCAUGCCGACAUUCCUGCUGCCCACCAGCCUGUUAGAGCUGUUCCAUUGUCCGUUGGGUCACUGCCACCGCUGCAGUCAGCCCAUGUUCACCAUCGUCUACCCCAAACUCUUCCCCCUCAGAGACACGGCACUCGCUGGAGUGCACAGGAGAACGACGGUGAGUUUUAUAGCGUAUUGCUGCUCCAGCCAGUGUUUGCAGAUGUUUGACCUGCAGGGGUGAUACCACCAUUUCAUCCAUCAUGGUGCUCUCGUGACGGAUGUGCCAGGAGAACCUUGUGAUACCUUUUUCAGACUAACAGUGGACACCUUAGACUUUUUUGAUGCCAUCCAAGGCAGUAAAAGUUUUGGGUCCACUUGUCCCUUGUACGUAUGGCCUCAUUUCAAUAGUCAGCAUUGGUGCUUUCUCUCAAAAUAAAAACAACUUCAUUUUAUGAAGGGUUUUUUUCACUGAUCUAACAGAAGCGCUUAAGUACUUUUCAUGUUUGCCGGAUCUUCCCCAAAACUCCAGAUAAAUAUGGAGUAUUUUUGAAUUCAAAUAAAACAUCAUCUUAAUGAAAAUAUUUAUUCUUGUAAGGAUUGAUCUCUGUAUAUUUUC